CUCAAGCCCGCCGCGCCUCGCCCGCGGCGCCGCCGCGCCACCUGCGGCGCCCAUGCCGAGCUGCGCCUUGCCGCUGCUCGCUCGCAGUUAGCGGGCAGCGGGACAGCCCGCCGCUGCAGCGCCAGGGGCCUGGACUGGCUGUCCAGGCAGCUGGGCAUGCUGCUGCGUCACAAGGCGCAGAAGCGCGGGCUGGCCAUGACCAAGGCCGGCUGGGUGGAGCUGGACGACCUGCUCGGCAAGCUCCCGGGCAUUGCCGGCACGCCCGCGCGGCGCGCGGACGUGCAGCGCGUCGUCGCGGACAGCCGCCACAGGGACGGCGCACCCCGCUUCCAGCUCCGCGCGGACCCGCGCGGCGUCGUGCACAUCCGGGCCGUGAGGAACCACUCGAUCCCCGGCGUGGUCGUGGACCCGGGAGGACGGCGUGGGCCCCCUCUGCACCUCGGCCGCUCCCCGCCGGCGGCGCUGGACGCGCCCGUGCGGGCCGCGCCGCCGCCGCCGCC